AUGGGGGAUUUUAACGAGGUAACUCAUGUAGAAGAGAGAAAGGGUGCUACCUCUUUAACAGUGUCCGCAGAAGAGUUUAAAUCGUGGAUACAGGAUAUGGAGUUAGUGGACUUGGCAAUAACUGAUCGCUUAUUCACCUGGUUCAGAGGGCAAUCAUGUAGCCGCAUUGAUAGGGGACUGGUUAGUUUAGAGUGGCUAGAAGAGUUUCCUGAUACAAGACUGAGAGGGGGACCUAGAGGGUUAUCAGACCAUUGCCCAAUGAUCUUGGAGGUUACCCGGAUUAGCGGGGGACCAAGACCGUUUUGGAGCUUGGAUUCGUGGUUUACCCAUGAUGGGUUCUUGAGAAUGGUGAAGGAGGAGUGGAGGAACUUGGGGGAGGGACAGUUCAUUGAUAAACUAAAGGCUCUGACGACUCCGCUGAGCAGAUGGCAUAGAGCCAAUUUUGGGAAUAUGGACCAAAGGAUUACACAGCUGGAGGAUGAAAUUAAGAAAGUAGAUGACAUGGUAAGUACUGGCACGGCUGAUGGGACUAUUGAAGCAAGAAGGAGAGCGUUGGUAAGCUUCUGUAGAAAAUGGUAUAUCAGGAAGGAGCUUCAUUGGAAGCAAAUGUCCAGAUCGCGGCACGUGAAGGAAAUAGAUAAAAAUACCCGCUACUUCCACAAUCUAGCCUCAGCACGAUGA